CUGAUCGCUACAAGGAGAGGAAAGCGAGGAGAGAAUAUGAGGUAGACAGGACUUUACACGAGAAUAAUGGCGGCGCCGCUCCGGCGGGACACCUUACCUGACAACUACUCUUAUGGGGUGUGCAGGGACGGCAGGGUCUUUUUCUUAGACGAUGAGACGAGAAGCACUUCUUGGCUUCAUCCCUGCACUGGUGAACCUGUCAAUUCUGGACACAUGAUCCGAUCCGAUCUACCCACAGGUUGGGAGGAAGGGUUUAUGAAGGAAGGAGCGAGUUUCUUUAUUGAUUUAGCUUGUGUUGUGCCAAGUUUGCUUGAGGGUCUCGUCAGUGGAAGACUGUUAUGACCACUUGAUCCAACUUCCAGUCAUCGUGAUUCAGAGUCUUGGCGCAAAUUGAAAAGUAACAUCAAGUGUGGCAGUGACGUCU